UUGCACAUAUAUAUAUAAUCUGCAGGAAACAAAAAAGAGAGUAGUGUGUGUAAUUAAGAAAAUAAAUAUAAUUAUGGAUAAGCUCAAACAUUCUCUGUGUAUGUAUCUUCUUCUCCAGUGUUUGUUAUGUGCAGCGGCUAGUUACGCCGCCGCUGCCGCCUUCAACAUAUCGAAUAUUCCGUUCAGCAAAGGCUUCAGCCCUCUUUUCGGCGAAGGAAAUAUCAUCCACUCCCAAGAUGAUCAAUCUGUUCAGCUUCAUCUCAAUCAAUUCACAGGCUCAGGCUUCAAAUCCUCUGACCUGUACAACCAUGGCUUCUUCAGUGCUAAAAUCAAGCUGCCAUCAGAUUACACGGCCGGAAUAGUCGUCGCGUUUUACACAACAAACGGAGACAUAUUCCGAAAAACGCACGACGAACUAGACUUCGAAUUCUUGGGAAACAUAAGAGGAAAAGCAUGGAGAUUUCAGACAAAUAUGUAUGGUAAUGGAAGCACAAAUAGAGGAAGAGAAGAGAGAUAUUCCCUUUGGUUUGAUCCUUCUAAAGACUUCCAUUCUUACAGCAUACUUUGGACCACCAACAAUAUUAUAUUUUACAUUGACGAUGUUCCGAUUCGGGAAAUAACUCGGAAAGAAGCAAUGGGAGGCGAUUUCCCAUCGAAGCCGAUGGGAUUGUACGCCACUAUUUGGGACGCCUCCGAUUGGGCAACUUCCGGUGGCAAGUACAAAACUAAUUACAAAUAUGCCCCUUUCGUGGCGGAAUUUACCGAUCUAGUCCUCCACGGGUGUGCCACGGACCCACUUGAGGAGGUUGUGGGCCCGCUUUGCUCCGAGGAAAUAGAUGAGCAACUUGCGAAUGCUGAUUUUACUAAAAUAACCCCGAAACAAAAGUUGGCCAUGAAAAAGUUUAGGUUGAAGUAUAUGUACUAUUCGUAUUGUCACGAUACGGUGAGGUACCCGGUGCCGCCACCGGAAUGUGUGUUUGAUUCGGCGGAGAGGUGGUUGUUUAAGGAGAAUGGGCGGCCGAAGUUCGACGAUAAAACCCGCCGGAGGAGGUUUAAGAAAAGAGCACAAGUUAUGAGUGCUAAGAACUAUGAAAAUCAAGAAGACGUGUGACCAUUUAUAUGGUUUAAUAUAUAUGUAUAUAUAUACACAUACUAUAUAUAUACAUACUAUUGUCAUGUAAAAAGUAAAGUUGGUGAUUUUUUUUGUUUGUUUUUUUGGGGUUUUGACACAAAUAAGAUUGUAUUUAAUUUAUUGAUGUGAGAUUGGAGUGCAAAUUGUUGAGUUAGACCAUAUUUAUAAAAUAAGAGAAGUUUGGCGUCCAAAUUGC